CCCCAAUGAUGAAUGCCGCUGACAGCUGAUCUGUUCUGGAUGGGCGAGGAGUAGUGGAAGGAGACUUAACUGAACGGAUCUUACAUUACACAUACCAUCCCUGGGUUCAUUCAGUGACAGGUUUAGAGAAAUGUUAGGCUUGCCCAUCAUCGGAACACUCACUGUUCCGGUUUUGUUAUGUACGUUGCUAGCCAUCGCCUUUGUAGCGUGGUUCCAUCAUCGCCCUGCCAAAUCGGAGCAGCUAGAAACACGUGUCAUUCGCCAUGGGACCGCGCAAACCCAGACUAAUCCGUCGAAUCCUUCAUCGGAACCAGAGGAGGCGGCGACUAGUUGCUCCCAAGGGUCUCAAUGUUGUCAAAUCAAGGAGAAUCCGGACGCUAUUCAAAGAGUUAAGAUUCUCUACGGAACUACCACGGGCAAGGCCAAAUCCAUGGCUGCACAACUGGCCCAAGGUUUGGCUGGGCUAAACAUCACGGCUGAGAUCCUGGAUGUGUCCACUUACGACUUUGAAGAGAGACUAGCCCAUGAAGCCUCUGAGAAUGCGGUGUUAGUCUUGAUCAUUUCCACUUAUACGGAAGGUACGCCACCGGAAAGUGCCAAAUGGUUCUACCAAUGGUUGGAAGAAGCGGCCAAAGACUUUCGAACCCAGCAUUCUAUCUUGCAAGGCCUGAAAUUUGCCGUGUUUGGUUUGGGCAACUCUCUGUAUCAAGAUCACUUUAACACCAUCGGCAAGAAUUGAGACAAGUACUUCUACCAAUUGAGUGCCAUUCGAUUCCAUUCUCUCGGCAUGGGCGACGAGAAUGUAGCCGGAUCCAAGCAUGGCAACUUAGAGAACGAUUUCGACCAUUGGCAGGAUCAGUUCCUGACCCGUCUGCGAAAGUUUAAUAGCAUCGAAUCCUGUGGCAGCCAAUCGGAAGAGAAGACGAGUGAUUUGGAUACUGAGAGCGCGGAUGAAUCCGGAUCCGGGAGUGACUCGGAAUUUAGCGAUGGCGAGGACAACGAGGAUGAUGACGAGGAGGGUGGGGAUGGUUUGGUGGAUUUGGAAGAGAUUGGCAAUGUCAUGAAAAAGGCCAAAGAUAAGAAGAAGCAAGAUGCCGAGAGCGGGCCCAAAGAGAUGAUUACGCCCAGUUUACGGAAAUCUUUGACUAAACAAGGUUACAAAUUGAUUGGAAGCCACUCGGGCGUCAAGAUCUGUCGAUGGACGAAAGCCAUGUUGCGCGGACGUGGAGGGUGCUACAAGCACACUUUCUACGGCAUCGCAUCUCAUCAGUGCAUGGAGACCACGCCCAGUUUGGCUUGUGCCAACAAGUGCGUCUUUUGUUGGCGUCAUCAUUCCAAUCCUGUGGGAACGGAAUGGCGUUGGCAAAUGGACCCGCCCGAUAUGAUCCUUGAUGGAGCCUUGGCGAAUCAUUACAAGAUGAUCAAACAGAUGAAAGGCGUCCCCGGGGUGCUACCUGAAAAACUUGAAGAAGGCAUGAACGUACAACAUUGCGCUCUGUCAUUGGUGGGCGAACCCAUUAUGUAUCCGGAAAUUAACAGGUUUGUGGAGCUCCUCCACGAGAAAUCCAUCUCGAGCUUCUUGGUGACGAACGCUCAAUUUCCGGAGGCCAUCCGGGACAUUAGUCCCGUCACUCAGCUCUACGUCUCGAUCGAUGCCUCCACCAAGGACUCGUUGAAAAAGAUCGACCGGCCUUUGUUCAGGGAUUUCUGGGAGCGGUUCAUGGACAGCUUGCAGGAGCUCUCGCGUAAAGGCCAAAGAACCGUGUACCGACUGACGUUGGUUAAAGGCUGGAACGCCGAGGAAAUGGACAACUACGCCAAAUUGGUGGAUAUGGCCAAACCCGACUUUAUCGAAGUGAAAGGGGUCACUUAUUGUGGAACCUCCAAAGCCUCAACGCUGACCAUGGACAAUGUUCCUUGGCACGAGGAGGUGCUCCAUUUUGUGCGACAGCUGACCUCACGCCUGCCGGAUUACGAGAUCUCUUGUGAGCACGAGCACUCCAAUUGUGUCCUGGUCAGUCAUAAGAAGUUCCUGGUCAAUGGGAAAUGGCACACCUGGAUCGACUAUCCCAAGUUCCACCAAUUGGUCCGCGAGUUCAAGCAAACCAAUGGAGCUCAAACCUUCUCAGCAUUAGACUACAUGGAACCGACGCCGGAUUGGGCUGUCUUUGGCAGUGAGGAGCGUGGCUUUGAUCCCGUGGAGAAGCGAUUCCAUCGGAAGAGCAAACAAACCAGAAUGAUGGCUGAGUUCUUCGAAAGGGCCUUGGCUUUUUUGGCCUUUGACCCCACUUUCCUAAUCAUCACGCAACGUUUUUUUUUCAUGAGUGAUUAUUCGAUUAUGACACAUGAUGAUUGGAUCCAAUCAUCCGAGCUCGGCUUCUGUUCAGCCUGAAUGAUUAUAUUUUUCCAGGAAUAGCAAAUCAUUCGGAAUAAACGUGAGUGAAGGA